AUGCAUGAUUUUUUUUUUAUAUCAAUAAUCAUAUCAUGUGAAAUUCUAUCUACCAUCAAUGGCAAUCCUCGGAUAAAUCCAAAAGCAAAGUCAUGGUCUGAAACUCCCAACACAAGUCAUGAUUACCAGCGUAGGAACCAUAUUAAUUCUUCGUCAAUACCUGAUGAAAAAUGGGACUAUAUCGAAGUAAGACCUGGAGCGCAUAUGUUUUGGUGGUUUCAUGGUUACAUAGGCCAAAGCAAAUCACGUCAAGAUAUACCAUUAGUUUUAUGGAUGAAUGGCGGACCUGGUGAUUCCUCUGUUGGUCGCGGUAGUUUUUAUCAGAUUGGACCUGUGCAAAUGAAUCUAACACCUCGUCAAAAUACCUGGUUAAAGCAAGUUAACCUGCUAUUUAUAGAUUAUCCAGUUGGUGUAGGAUUCAGUUACGUUAGCUAUCCAUCGGCCUAUAGUACAACUGACGUUCAAGUAGGUCAAGAUCUCUAUCAUGUUAUAGCUGAAGUAUUAAGAAAAAUAACUGCCCUACAAAAUGUACCACUUUACAUAAUUGGUGAAUCUUAUGGAGGUAAAAUUGGUGCUAUCCUUGGCCAUCAAUUAAUUCAAGGCAAUUUAGCUGGUCAAAUUCAAUGUAAUUUUCGUGGGACUAUUUUAAGUAGUCCAUUUAUAUCACCAAUGGAUACAGCAGCAUCAUAUGGACCCUUUCUUUACGCGAUGUCAUUGAUUGAUGAUACAGAAUUAAAUCAAUUAAAUCAGCAUGUGGAAAAAAUAAAAUCCUUAAUUGCAACUGGUAAUAACAAAGAAGCAUCACGGCAAUUUUAUGUUAUGCUAUACAUAAUGCUAGAAAUGACAGCUAAUGUUAAUAUAUACUACGUGCGUAUGCAUUUUCCUAUCAACAUCUUUGCUAGAUUAGUGAAUACGGCCGAUGAAAAUAGCAGUAAUAACAAUAAUAAUCCUAGUGAAAUGUAUAAAACGAUGAAUGGACCCAUACGUAAAAAAUUAGGUAUAAUACCUGAAAAUAUUACAUUUGCUGAUUCUAAUCCUGCUGUUGGAUCAUACUUGGAUCCAAGCUUCGUUACCGAAGUUACAGAAUACGUCGAUCAUCUAUUAGCAGCCAACGUAUCUGUCAUGAUAGUCAACGGCCAGUUUGAUGGUAUUGUUAAUAUAUUAAGUUACCAAAAAUGGUUGAAAAAGCUGAAAUGGAGUCAUUUAAAUCAAUUCUCGAAUACCCAAAAAUUACCUGUUUAUGAUUCGAACGAACGUAUAGUUGGAUAUAAGCAAAGCUAUAAAAAUUUAGAAUACUGUACUAUAUUAGAUACUGGACAUUCACCAACAUUAAGGAUCCCUUAUAAAUUAAUGGAGCCAUUUCAACCUGGUUUGACUUAA